CUCUUGAAAACUUGCUCCUCUCUCUCUCUAUCUCUCUCGCUAUCUGUGACCACGAGCGCUGCCAUCUCGAUCUGCUCUGCGGAACUCGGAGCAAGCUCACGGCAACUUUUCACCCACUUGGCGCUGGUCACCGCAAAACCCUAGAGCCGGAGAAGAAGCUUUAUGUGGAAAUAUCCUGCUAGGAGACAUCAAGAAGAGACAAAAGUGUGUCUGGUUUAUCUUACAAUACAAUGAGGAAAUUUUGUCACCAUUUUACUUCAGACGGGGAAGUACAAAUCUAUCUAAGUUCUUCAGUCAACUCAGUGAAGAAACGGAGUUUAGCUCAAAAAGGUUCUUUUUACGAAAGGAAGAUCUGAAAAGUGCUGUUUUAGUUGAUCAUCCUAAAGUUGAAGAGCCAAAAAUAUAUCUCUCAUUUGAUUAGAAUCUUUUCAAGUCUUGUUCUCUUGGCUCAUAUUUGUUUUCUUACUCGCAAUGCCUGCUAUCCAAAGACUAUAUAAUGCAUGCAAAGUAUCUUUCUCUCCAAAUGGUCCAAUCUCCGCUGAGGCAAUUGACAAUGUUUGUUCUAUAUUAGAUGAGGUUAAGCCUUCACAUGUGGGCCUUGAGCAAGAGGCUUUAUUAGUUCGGAAUUGGAGGGGCCCAAAUGCUUCAAAUGGGAAAAAGGUCUCUAACGGGGACAACCAAUCUAUGCCUCCAAUAAAAUACUUGCAUAUACAUGAAUGCGACAACUUUUCUAUUGGAAUAUUUUGUAUGCCGCCUUUAUCUGUAAUACCCCUGCAUAAUCAUCCUGGAAUGACUGUGUUGAGCAAGCUUCUCUAUGGCACUUUGCAUGUGAAAUCUUAUGACUGGAUUGAUAUGAUUGGACCCUUUGAUUCAUCAAAAGCGAGGCCAGCAAAGCUCAUUAAAGAUGGUGAACUGUCGGCACCCUGCGGCACUACCGUGCUUUAUCCCACUAGUGGUGGCAACCUCCAUACAUUCAAAGCGUUAACUCCCUGCGCUCUCUUCGACAUUCUCUCACCCCCUUAUUCUUCAGAAGAUGGAAGGCACUGUUCGUAUUUCAGGAAAUCCUUGAGAGAGGAUCAAUUAGGAGACAUUGAUGGUGUCCUACCGGAUGGAACAAAUGACUCUGAAAUAGCUUGGUUGGAAGAAUACCAGCCUCCUGAAAGCUUUGUCGUAAGGAGAGGAGUAUAUAAAGGUCCUUCUAUUAAAAUAUAAUGCUUGCUGUUCCGUAAUACCAUAUCAGUAGUUGCAUUAAUUAGUUAGUAGUUUAAGGCCAUCUGAUUUGGGAAUAAUUAUAAAAAUAAUCUCUGUUAUCAUGUUCUGAUUCAGUAUUUUUUGCGGUUUAAUUCUUAAUAGUUUUUGCAUUUUCUGCUUCCAUAUAGAGUGAGAUGCUACUGGUUAGUUUACUAUGGCUCACAUAUUUAUGAUUGUCGAUUACUAGAAAUUGUUUGUUCUAAUGGUAUGGGACUAUCCACUCAACCUAGGUAUUGCAGGGUCUCUCUUUUCCAUCAUUCUUU